AUGGAUGAAUCCAAUGCAUCGCUAAGUAGCUCUAUGUCUUCGUCGCAACCGAGACAGCUAAUUGAAAGUAACUAUAAGUUGGCAUUGAAGUUCUUUAUGAACAAGAAUUUUAGCAAAUCCUAUGAAAUAAUUAAGAAAUUAUAUCAAAGUAGCUUCGGGCAGUUCGCUAGUGACAUUAUAAAUGAACAAUUGUUCAUUAAGAUUUUAAAUUUGUACUUGACAGAGAUAGGGUUGUUCAUAGACAAGGAUAACAAAGAUACGAAUUUUAAUUUGGAAAGAAAUGAAAGACAAGAAGUAAUUAAAACCUUGACGCAAGAUCAAAUUUUAGAUGAAUUGUACAAACUUUACGAUGAUGAUAUUAAUGCAAUACCCUCUGAAAUAUUGUAUAACUUAUUCCUUAUCUACUACAUUAAUGGAGCUAUAAUUACAAAUGCGGGAAAUUUGAAAUUAAAAUUCGACAAACUUUAUUAUCAGUUCGACUAUAGUUCAAGGCUAGAAGAUGUGUAUUUGAAGAAGCUAAUUGACUUAUACGUUUUCCAAGUCUUGCCAGACAACGAAAGCUUUGAUGAUGCAAGCUCGAUAGUCAGUGAAAACCCAAUAUAUCUGUCUCAAAUUGAAGAAUCAUUGCAUCGUUUGAGUAACAUAAGAAUCGACAAAGUCAAGAAACAACAGGAAGAAGAGGAAAAAGAAAAAGAAAAACAACAGAAAUUAAACGACAAGAAAAAGCGUGAAUUACAAAAUCAAAAAGAGUUAAAGGAUAGACAAAAUCUUACUUAUAAAUCCUUAAACCAAAUAAAACAAUCGUCUGGAAAAAUAGACUCAUCAAAGAAGGAUGAUGGAACUGUUAGAGAAUCAAAUAGUGGUUAUGAUAUUGCUUCUUUAAGACAAAAGCUAUUAUACUCUUUGAACUUCUCGAAGAAUUACCUUAAAACCAAUUCUCCAUUAAUCUUGUUAAUUAUCUUAUUACUAUUCAUUUCAUCAAGGUAUUUAAAGGUAAGAAAAAUUAAUGUUAUGGAAAGAUUGAAACUGACCUUACAAAUGGCAUUUAAAAUUAGCUAUUUAUGA